CCCGUGGUAGUAAAGCUCUCAGGAGGGUGACACAACUUUCCACUGCGCUCUGGCAACGCUGGAUUUGACGUAUUGUUGUUAUUAAAGCACCGUUUGACCGUCACCAGUCCCCGUCGGAGGAGGAAAAUGGUCACAAUGGACGAGCUUUGUGAAAUGGAUUGCAGUGUUUUGAAGAGGCUGAUGAAGGACGACAGUGCGAAAUGUCUGCUUUUGGACUGCAGGUCGUUUUUAGCGUUCAGCGCCGGUCACCUCCGCGGUGCUGUAAAUAUCCGCUGUAACACGAUAGUUCGGAGGCGAGCGAAAGGCUCCGUGAGUUUGGACCAGAUCCUGUCCGGUGAUGAUGAAGCGAGAGCCCGUCUGAAAUCAGGGCUGUACUCCGCCGUGAUCUUGUACGAUGAGCGGACCUCCGAUACAAACACUCUGAAGAACGACAGCACAAUCACCCUGGUACAUAACGCUUUGUGUAGAGAUACGUUUAGGACAGAAAUCUACCUGCUAAAAGGAGGCUACGACAGAUUUUCCACACGGUAUCCCGAUUACUGUUUGAAAACCAAAACAUUGGCAGUAUCCAGCCUUCAGUCCAGUGUGGAGAGCAGCUGCACCUCCUGCAGAACUCCACAGCAUGACCAGGGUGGCCCUGUGGAAAUCCUCCCCUUUUUAUUUCUUGGCAGUGCUCUCCAUGCGUCUAAAAAGGACAUGCUAGAUCGUAUGGGCAUUUCUGCUCUAUUGAAUGUAUCUUCAAAUUGUCCGAAUCAUUUUGAAGGGGAUUACCAGUAUAAGUGUAUCCCGGUGGAAGACAACCAUAAGGAGGACAUCAGCUCUUGGUUCACCGAAGCCAUUGAAUUUAUAGACUCCAUCAAGGAUUCCAACGGCCGUGUUCUGGUGCAUUGUCAGGCUGGCAUCUCACGGUCAGCCACUAUCUGCCUGGCGUACCUGAUGAAGAAGAAGCGGGUGCGUCUGGAUGAAGCCUUCGAGUUUGUCAAACAGCGGCGCAGUAUCAUCUCCCCCAACUUCAGCUUCAUGGGUCAGCUGCUGCAGUUCGAGUCUCAGGUGCUGGCCACUUCCUGUUCUGUAGAGGCCGCCAGCCCUUCCGCCACUCUCGGCCCCAAGUCUUCCUCCAACCCCACGUCACCCUUCAUCUUCAGCUUCCCCGUGUCAGUAGUGACGCACAGCCAGUCCAGCAGCCUCACCUACCUACAGACUCCCAUCACAACCUCGCCAAGCUGCUGAUACAACACGAGACUCUAAAAAAACUGCAAAAAGGGUGAAUUUCUCUGACGUUCUUCAGUUGGCACAAUCAUGUGGUCGUUCCAGCUGAGCUGCAGCUUCAGCUUCGCUGGUGACCCGUCCUCAUCUAAGUCCCCCCGCGGUCUUCACCAUGCAUUAAUAUCAGAAGAAUAAGUUGUAAUAUCCUGUGGGGAUGGUUCAUCUCCUUCAUUUCCUGUGGUUCACUUCCAAAGACUUCACGAUUGGCCGGUGGGGCUGGUGGGAAUGAAGUGCAGGAGGUCGUUGGACCCUGAGAGGUUCUUCACACUGCGUUUGACUUCCCAUUCAUCACUUCCUCUCGCCGGCCUUCCUCAAUUCCUUUAAUAGCAUGACCUUUGGCAGGAAGUGUCUUUCAUUUGCAUUUGUCAGUGCCUUGUACAGAGAAGGUACACAGACACUUUCACAAGAUGCUCUCGUCGCCGUUCCUUCCGACCGAUCGCAAACGAGACAUUCGAAGCAUUUCAAUCUGCAAUACCUAUCCGUUCCUCUCACAGAUCAGAGCAAUAACCCGAUUCUCCUUCCUCCCAGUCGCCACCAAAGCACUGUAUUGUCUGUUUUCCUUUGUUAUAUUGUGUGAACAUGAUUUGGUUUUCUUUGCUAGUUUGUACUGAGGAGAUCUUCUGAAUUGUUUCUGCUGUAUGCCUUACCAACAAUGACUUCCGCACGGAAUGUUCUCGUUAAUAGACUAUUUAAGGAAUAGCGUAAGUCAAGAUAAUCCCAGGUUAUACACUGAACCUUUUUACACUGGAAGUUGGGAAUGGGACGAUUGGGAAGCCACUUUCCUAUGAGUCAAUUUGGUUUUAAUAUUCCCCUUUGAGAAGCUCUAUGAGGGAAACAUGCCUUGAAGAGUCCAUAGCAGCUGGUAUGUUUAUGUGUGGGAACCUACUUCUUUUCUAUGAGAUCGUGGGAUCUUUUAUAGCACUUUUAAGUGAUGCAAAAUUGAUUCGAGGUUCGUUUUGCACCUGGUCGGAAUUGAAAUGGUAACCGAGAGGUGUUUCCCCACUCUUUUUUUUGCCAUAUUACGUGUCUGUUUGUCUGUCAAUCACUGAUGAGAUGAAUGCAAUACUUUUUACUGUAGCCUACUUGUGAAAAUGUUAUUGUCUGACAGCUAAUGGCAAUAUCAUUCAGAGGGUUACGAUUUUUUUAACUCUACCCUGUUCUGUUGUAUUAGGAUGUACAUUUUAUUUAUC